CGCCCUAUUCAGUAAGUAGUAAGACCCCAUUUCAAAUGCAAGUAUGGGUUUGAAUAUUUUGCGCAACAGAAAAUCAUCAUAGUAAAAAGUCGAAACUCUUAACUAUCACUAAAAAGGUAAGAAUGUCCAGAAAAUCUUCUAUUGAAGAUAUGAAAUCUAACCCGGACAAGGGACUGGAAAAUUCAUCAAAGGCAAUUUUUCAAGCAUUAAACCCUCAUGGUAAACAAAAGCUGGAAUUGAAUGAAGCACUGGAACAUUUGAAGAUCAGGGAAAAGGAUGCUAUCAAUCCAGCAGGAAGCAGGCCUAUACAGAAAGAUGUGGAAAAAGUUAUCAGUAAAUUGUUUCGAAAGAAAAAUGGAAAAGCAAUCAAAGAAAGUGACAUGGAAAAACUUAACCAAAGGUUUAUGGAAGGUCAUGUUCCGAGGCUGAAAAAGGAUUCUCGUAGUGUGGUUGAAAAAGAUGAUGAUGAUGAUGAUGACAGUGAUGAAGAGGAUUCUCAUGAAAAAAAGAUGACUCACCGUGAAGGAUAUUUGAAUAUGUUUAUUCGACAUUCUAUAAACAGUGUUCAAAGGAUUGAAAAAUAUGCCAAAAAAGCUGCGUCUAAAGCUGGAAGGUCAUGGAUGUUGACUCUGCUACCAACUGGUCAAAUCCAUACUCUCGUCUCGUUCCUUUUAUUCAGUUAUGUGAUGAGAUCAUCAUUUCUGUCGUGGUUCGUUCCACUCGCCAUUUUAUUCAUCUCUUUCUCUGUUAUGGUGAUCUCAUCUGUUCGACUCGUACGAGGUGUCAAACGGUUUACUGAAUUUAAGGCAUGGGCAGAAUUUCUUGAUUCAGUUUCUACUACUCAGUCAGAAGCGAUUGAUACCGGCCUAGCUGAGGAAAAUUAUGUUGUGAAACACAUGUCACCCUAUCUUCACUUUUUGGUUGCCUCUGCAUUCUGCGUGAUGGCAUAUGGUACCAGCGACAAGACCUGGGUUUUGAAUGCUGAACUGGGUAUUCUGUCAACCUUAUUUUAUGGUUUGAUUGUGUACAUUUAUGCAUUCCUUCGAAACAAGACUUCUCUCAUAAUUGUAUCGUGUCAAGUUGUUGGUACCUUUUUUGAAGGUUUUGAGCCUGAGAAUGGUAAAGCAGUGUGGGGUUAUUUGGUGUCUUUGGAUAUUCCAUUCACUGGAGUUGCGAUCAACAUCAGCAUUUCAUCUAUUCUACAUGUUCUUGUUGUGUUCAAGAUGAUUCAAAUGUGUUUUGAUGGUUCACGUAUGGAUAAAAGUAUUAAGGUCCAUAUGGCUAAAGUUGUUUUUCCCCAUAUUGUUGCUAUUGUGUGGUUGAAUAUUUCCCACAUGUUCUUGUGUUACUCUAGUCUGACGAGCGUCUUCAGGGCAACAGCUGAGUGUUUUGGCCUACUUUUUGCAAUGCCUGCAUUCACACUGUUCCUUGGUUUUGGAGCUUUGAAGAUACUACUAUCAAUGGAUAUCUUGAAAAUUUUAAUUACAAUUGUUCUGAUAGUCAUUCCAACAUUGUACUUCAAAGUUUGGGAAAAGAGGGAAGAGUACCUAAGAAAAGCAGGAAAGCUGCUUGAAAACAAAACUGUGAAAUUUGUUAUAAUGAGCUUAGGUUUUGCUUUUCUGGCAUACAUCGUGCUUUCAUAUAGACCUUCAGGAUUGAAAGUACCCAAAUCCCAUCUUUCCUGGAGUGAUUAUAAAAAAGUUUGCUUGGAUAGCGAUGAAGCUUCAGACGUAGUUGCAUGCCAUGAGUUCAAAGGUUAUGGAGUUACAUGGGAAGGAACUGUUGACAAAGUCAGUGUAGUUGACAUUGACAACAAAGUCGAUAAUUUUCUCAAUUUGUUGCCAAAGUCAGCUGCCUAUUGGAUGAGUUGCAUUUAUGGUGAUGAUUAUCCAAACUCUGAAAAAUGUGCAAAUACAAAAGAUUUGUCUCCUUUGGAACAAUCUUUCUGUACCAUCUCGCCAAUCACAAAAAGACCUUGUCAUCUCCAGAGGUACAACAUAUACAAAUUCAGAAUUACGAUGUCAAUGCCUUAUGAAUAUAACUUGAACCUUGAUGUCGGACAUGAUUUUAACGAAUUGGUCUGGAAUUUGAGAAAGGGGAAGAAGCUCCGCUUCACUGGGAUCUUAGAAGCCCGAACCACUUUAUCGACAAAAGUCUUAUAUACAAUUUCUGAUACUGAUGAAAUCAAAUUCGUUGAGAAACGUCAUGCAAAGAUUGAAAAAACUAUCAACAUGAUGUUGGAUGAAGCAUUAAAUUCUCUGUACCAUUUCCUUUUAUAUCCUGUUAUUAGUUAUGAAGAUGUUACAAUUGAUGAAGAGAUGUGAAAUUGUCAUAGUAUGAAAAGAAGUUUCAAGGGAACUAGUUGAUCAAGCUGAACUUCAACCUCUUUAAGGUCAUCUAUCUGUAUAUAUAUAUAUAUCUUUCUGUGAAUUAUUGUAUUUCAAGAAAAUCAUCUCCUAUAUUCAUUUUCCCGGUUUGUCAUUUCUUUUUAUCAAUCUUGCACUGCUUUUGAUAUAAAUCAAGUUGUUUUUCAUAGUUAGGAUACAGUUCUUCAAUUACAUUUGAUAUAUACAUCAGGAAAUAUAUAUCUACCUUAAUCUGUUAUUUUUGUAUAAGAAUUUUGUAUUACAAUAUUUUCUCCACUUGCCAACAUUAGCAUAUUUGCACAAUUGCCAUUUCGUCUCUUCAUAUAUUCAAAUUUAUUGCUUAUCACAUUUAGUGGCUCUCAUCAUGAUAGAACAAUGUGGCAAAAAGAAUACCUAAAUGUCUCCUAUUGUACAUAUAUGCAAUGUCAUUUUGCUCCUUUUAUGCAAGGCAUCAUAAGGCACUUUUUUCUUGAUACAUUCAAUGGUUUAAAUUUGAAUGAGAUUUUUUAUAGAUCAAUGGGAUAUUUCAGACAAAUAACCAUCGUUGAAAAAGGGUUAUAAUCAUUUCAGUUAUGUAAAAUGUUUUGUCCACUGAAGGAAAUUUCUUCCAGGAUGUAAUAUUCAAGUUAUACCAACUGUCUAUUUUCAAGUGUAAUAUAAUUAUAUGCAUAUAUAUAUAUAUAUAUAUAUUUGGCUAUUUUAUUAUUGAUGCAAUUAAUCUAACCCAUUUAAGUAUAGGUGUAUAUUGACUCUAUAAUCGACAUGAUAUACAAUGAUAUAAUUAAGAAAUAAACAAAUAAAAAUCAGAUACCGAUCAGGAAUUAUAAAUUUACUUUGUUGGCAAACUGUCAUUGGAUUUUGUGUGAUGUCAGCUUUUGCAUAUUCGUCAGUAACCUUUUCAUUAUUGCACUUGCAUGUAUAGUAGUACAGUAUAUCGUUCAAUGUAAUCAAUAGUAUAUCGUUCAAUGUAAUCAAUAGAUAUAAUAAAUAUACAUGAGCGUAUAA